GCAGAGAGGGCAGAUCUAGGGCAGAUCUAGGGCAGGGGGAGAUAGAGCAAGGGCAAGCUAAGCAUCCCAAGGGGUGCCCCAAGAGUAAAGCACAGGGGCGGAGAGCCAAGGGGGCGGGCCAGCAUGUCCCAUGGGACCUACUAUGACUGCGAGCCCCGGGGUGUCCAGCAGCCACUUGAGUUCUCAGUAGCCCGAGCUGGGCCUGGAGAACUGGGUGACAUGUGUGAGCAUGAGGCCUCCAUCGACCUCUCCGCCUACAUCGAAUCUGGGGAGGAGCAGUUACUCUCUGAUCUCUUUGCCAUGAAGCCAGCACAGGAGGCCCGAGGCCUUAAAGGCCCUGGAACCCCUGCCUUCCCCCAUUACCUGCCGCCUGACCCAAGAUCCUUCGCCUACCCUCCACACACCUUCGGGCCAGACAGGAAGGCGUUGGGAUCUGGCGUCUACAGCAGCCCUGGGAGCUACGACCCCAGAGCUGUGGCUGUGAAGGAGGAACCCCGUGGACCAGAGGGCAGCCGAGGGGCCAGCAGAGGUGGCUACAAUCCCCUGCAGUACCAAGUGGCACACUGUGGCCAGACAUCCAUGCACCUGCCUCCUGCCCUGGGAGCACCUGGCCAGCCCCUGCGUGUCCUUAAGGCCCCUCUAGCUGCAGCUGCGCCCCCCUGCAGCCCGCUCCUCAAAGCGCCAUCCCCAGCGGGUCCCUCACAUAAGGGCAAGAAGACAGUCAACAAGGACAGUCUUGAGUACCGGCUGCGACGAGAGCGCAACAACAUCGCUGUGCGCAAAAGUCGGGACAAGGCCAAGAGGCGCAUCCUAGAGACACAGCAGAAGGUGCUGGAAUACAUGGCGGAGAAUGAGCGCCUGCGUAGCCGCGUGGAGCAGCUCACCCAGGAGCUGGACACUCUCCGCAACCUCUUCCGCCAGAUCCCUGAGGCUGCCAACCUCAUCAAGGGUGUGGGGGGCUGCAGCUGAGCCUGCUGGCAGA